AUGUUCCACUCAACCAAAAGAACACUUUCGAUACUUUUCCGUACACCUUUAAUCCCGCCUCCUUCAGCUCCUGCAGCCGUUGAGUUAUCCACUUUCACUUCGCCUGGACCAUCCAGACUUCGAACUAGAACUAUAUCGAGCUUAUCUAUUCGAUCGACUACUACUACAUCAAACUACCUGUUAGGUAGAAGAGGUUAUGCGAGUGACAAAGGUCAAAAAGAGUUAUAUAGUGAUGAAGCUGGAAGUACAGGUGCUGGAACAGACGACGUAGCUCAUACAGACGCAGCAUUCAAUAAAGAUCCCAACCCAGACUCAUCAGCUAAAUCAAUAGAAAACGAGUCUGGCAAAGAUUUCACUAAUCGAUCUCCUGCCAAAGGCGAUUACUCACAUUCACCAGGGAAACAAGGUGAUAAAGAUAGUGAAGUCCCCUUGAACACAAGCAAGACGGAAGCCGAGAAAUAA